GCAACCCCUGUUCGUGUGUUUUAAAUUGUUAAAAAUGAAGCAACAAUUUUAAGUUAACAAAUAAUUAACAAAUUCCGCAACUGUUUGUCUACGAUUCUUAAACUUUAUCACAGUUCUCGUCAAUAUUGAGUGAGAGGGAAGAGCCAUGUCAUGGGAGAGCAUCGCGUCAAAGGAUCUGCUUAGCAUCCCGCAAAGUCAUAAUUUAUCAGCAACACAUUUACUCGCGUCUCCCGAUGGAUCGCGUUACUUGCUGGAUAAUUGCAAUGAUCUGUGCCAGUUUGAGGAGAAUUACUCGCGAAUCGCCGGACACGGCUCAAGCCCCGAUGCUGAUGUUGGACCCCGUUCAUUGUGGGUUCGCCCGGGACUCGCUCGUUCCGGCCAGGUCAACACCAUAAUCAGUUGCUUUUGGUCAUGUCAAAGAAGUCUACGUCAGUACAUAGCGAAACGAAAGAUCGAACGCGGAUUGAGAUUGUACGAGCAGCACAAUCAGACGGCGGCGGUUCGCACCUGGCGGAGUGCAUUGAAGGGCACCUGUCGGCGGGAGGACUGCUUUCAGCUGCUGGGCUACCUCUACCAGGCGCACAUGGACUGGGGCAAGUAUCGCGAUGCCAUUGACUUUGGCCACCAGCAGUUGGGCAUUUCCGAGGAGCUGGAUUCGCCCAAUAUGCGCGCCGAGACGUACUUGAACCUGAGCCGGGCUCACGCCAGCCUCGGUGGUCUGGAGCGGGCUUUGGCAUAUGCUCGUCACUCGCUUUACAAUGAGUCCGGCACGAAAUGCCGCAGUGGCCUGGUGCAUUUGACAGUGGCACGCGUCUAUCUGGAAAUGGGCGGCUUCUCUCGAGCCCUGGAAGGGCUGCAGGGAGCCCACAAAAUAGCCACUGCCAUUGGCGAUCCCUCGCUGGAACUGCAAGUUUACGUGGCGCUCUCCGAGCUGUUUAGUCGGCUGCAGGACAACGACAAGAGCGCCACAUAUGCAUCCAAGGCAUACGAUCUCUCCCGAUCCCUACAACUGGGCGACCUCAACUCCUGCCAUCACCGGGCCGCCCUGCUCCGAAUGGCAGCUUCAUUGCGCAAGCAGGGCGAGCUCGGAGAUGCCCACGACUAUUGCCUGGAAGCAACUAGGCUUUCGUUGAUUUCCGGAGAUCAGGCCACGUACACACGAAGUAUCCGUGUUAUGGGCGACAUUUACCGCAAGAAGAUGGAUAUUGACAGAGCAUUUCGGCAGUAUGAGCAGGCGAUGGGAACUUCGGCAACUUUGGGCGAUCGCAUGGCCCAGAUGGAGGCGAUGGAUGGUGCAGCCCGAUGUCUGGAAACGCUGCGGCUGCAAAAUAAGAUCUGCAAUUGCAGGCCUUUGGAGUUCAAUACGCGGCUAUUGGAGGUUGCCAGCUCGAUUGGGGCGAAGCUGUUGGUGCGAAAAAUUCGUAGUCGAUUAGCUCUCAUAUAUCGGGCCCUGGGCGACGAGGACCAGUGCAACACUCACCUCCGAUUGGCUGAUCAGACUGACGCGGCCCUUGGCCUGAUUUGCGGCGCCUGUGGAGAAGUUUUUGGCAUUCAGCCCGCCAGCCUGGAAGCCCUACCGUGUGCGCACAUACUGCACGCCAGAUGUGCUCAUGAAAUUUUUCGCCGACGGGAUAAGAGUAUAUCGGCACGUUCGUGUCCGGCGUGUAAUAAAUUGCUGAGCUCCCGGCUGCAGCUCUAUGGGAACGAGAUGACAGCCGAAACUGAGAACUUCGAUGGAGAUGGUGGCAGGAUCGCGACGCUAAACGCAAAUGGACUCAAUCUCGAUGGAUUUAUGACGCUCAACUCGGACUCGGACUCGCUGUUGCCGCUGCCGCUGCCGCUGCCAACGCGAGCCUCUGCCAACGAGUCGGCGGUGUUUUGCAACGGGCUACAAAAUAAAUCCGUGCCCAGCAUAGAGAACACGGCCUUACUGCUUACAGCUAAUGCUUCGCCCAAUGCCGUCUACCGCAGCAAUUUGUCGCUGGCUUCGCUGAGUAUGCGCGCCUCGAGCCUAACCAUCGACAGCGGCAGGAACGCGACAUCUUCCGUCUAGAGACUCAAGGUCUGUCGAAUAGCAAAAACAUUUACGAAAAAUCUACCAGAGAAAUAAGCUAUGUAGCUUCUUUUGAUUACUCAAACGUAAUGAGCAAUUGAUUAUUUUUCCCAAUUAGCGCUAUCAAGACUUUCUAGACUUUUCAGUUUUUUAUCGGGAGUGUGUUCCAUAAGAUCCACAUAUAUUUCCCAUUUUAAGCUUUCCGAUUUUAAUGUACAUUUUUGUAUGCCCUGAACCGAUCCUAUAGAUCUUAUACUUUUUUAAUUUUAUUUCUUUUUGCGGGAUGCCAAAUGAUGAUUAAGUUUGGUGACAUUUUGUUAAAAACUGAGAUCAUAUGAUCAAAAACGGAAUUAAUUUUUAAGUCUAUAGGCCGGACGGAGGGUCACCCAGACAGACGGACAUGGCUA